AACAGGCAUCAGUUUUCAAAGCUUCGUCGACGAUGAAGAUUUCAGUGAUCUUGGCGUUUCUCUUCUUUGGGAAUUUCGCAUCGUCCGAGCCGCACCGGGUGCGGCCAAACGACAAAAGUGUGAAGGGUGAAUCGUAUCACGCAAAUGACGGUGGAAGUGACAGUUCGAACUUCGCGCGAACGGAAUCGUCGGACGAAGCGUCCAGUGGGAAAGACUGGGGAGGAGAAGAUCGGCCGAGCUUCUGGCAUCGAACGGACAACACAAGGACGCUCGCCAGGCUCCUCGCGCCGGGAGAAUCCGCCGCCGCCGACGAGGAAACGGAGGGCCACGGCAAUCGCGCCAAGAGGGACUCCUCGGCUUUCCUGUGGGGCAACCCGUUCAGGAGCAGCGUGUCCCAACACUUGCUGAAAUUGAGCGAGGCAAGCAGGAGCAACGUGCUGGGAUCGGAGAAGGCGACCGUCGCCGAAGCGCUGAACGGCCGCGCCGCCAUUCGCAGGAUUCUCGAGCGGGCGAAAGCGAGAGCGGCCAAAGCCGUGCCGCACAAGGACCUGUACGACAGCGACGACUUCGGCAAAUGGCUCUUGUCCGGAUCAUCCUUCGACACGAAUAUCUUUCGCCACUCGUCGCCGGCGCCGGAGCCGGCGGAAGCGGAAGAGCGCUCCGACGCCGAGGACUCGCGCCAUCGCGCGUACUCGUCGAGCCUGCACGCGCCUCGUUUGACCCGUCUGUCGGAUCCGACGAGUCGCCGGCAUCGCCUUCGCGAAGGAGAACGCGCAUCAUCCGAUGCCGCGGAUAUCCAGGACGCUUACGCCACGAGGUGGCCGCGACAUCGGCAGCGUCUGUCGCCCGGAUCGCGAAUCACGGCGGAGAGCCGCGACGAGACGGACGGGAUGUUCCCGAGCGAAGCCGCAUCGCGCCAUGCGCACCGAUCGUUAUCGCGUGAAGACGAUACCGGGCUGCGCUAUUAUUUGCACGCAUACGCGCCGCACAUGCGCUUCCGUGCGACGGAAGGCGACACACCGCGCUGGAAACGCGUCGAGUGGACGCGCGGCGGCCUCGGAGGAGCUCGUGCGCUUCACUCCGCGGGCUCGCUGGAGUUCGAGCCGUCGGAGGAUGACGCGGACGACGGCGACGACGACGACGAGAAGAGAUUCGUAUUUAGAAGGACGUACGAAGGCUUCGGAGGCGCAGAGGGGGGUGCUCGCGCCGGCUACGGGAAGAGUCAUGAAGCUUCAUCAGCGGCGGCGGAUAUCUACGGCAUUAAUCGCGACGGAGGCGAGGAAACGGAAUUAACGGCGUCUAAUCUGCAUGGCAGGACAAAGCUGGGACGUAAACGGUAUUAUUACGGUAUCGGGGAUCGAGAGCGUUCCGUCUACGGCGACGAGGCAGACGCUAUCGCCCGUGACGGCACAAGGAAUCGCCACUUGGCGGAUCUCGAGGCCGAACGCACGUCGCCUCGGGAGGAAAAUAUCAGAAAGGAAAAUAAACAGCCCGGUGCUGAACGCUCCGCUAUCUAUCCCGCGACGUCGGCAGAAACGACCGAGGGCGUGGCGGAGGGAAAACAAUCGGCGGACGCGUUAAUAACGAGCAUUUCCGCGGACACACCGGCGCGGAAGGCCGUCAACAUCGAUACCGAGCGUUAUCGGCCGAGAGAUCGGAACGCCGAAGCGACGUCGCUCUCGCCGAGCUCGCCCGACGAGGCGGCGAAUAACGCAAUCGAUGAUGGAUCGGCCGCGGCAGGAGGGAGGAGAGCGACCGACAAGAGCGCCGACCAUGGCGUCCUGCGAAGAACCCGGCCGGUAAUUGACAAUGAUGCGGCGGCAGCGGGGACUGAGAUGGAUUUCGGUGGAAUUAAAAAUCACCUGCCGUGGGCUCGUUCAUCGCGCUCGAAAACGCAUCGGGCGAAUCAGGGAGCCGCUAUUGCGCACGCUAUCGCGUCCGCGGACAUGGGCGAGGACGCGCGAGGACUGAAGCGCGUAAAUAAGCCGGGAGUUUCAUCCGUCGGCAGAGACCACGGGAGUUACGAUCUCGGGCGGAAUGAAGAGGUCAAUGCUGAGUCAUCGGCGACCUCCUCGUCGCUCGGAAGCGAGCGUCGAUACGACUUAUUAAGAACCGCCUCGUCAGACGAUUCACGCCGAGAGGACUACGCAGGUGGUAGGCAGGAGCACGCGGGGGUGAACGGGGGCGGUCGCGUCGCCGGCCGAUAUGGGACGUCGAUGGAAACGAUCGGUUCUCCCGAUCGCAGCGGCGAAGAGUACGUGUUCAUGCCGGAAUUCCCGUUUUACGAGUUUCGCCUAGGAUAUAGGCCGUAUCGGGUGAAUUAUUACGAUUUCGACAGCGGGGAAGCGCGCGAUGACGAGGAGACGGACGUCGGAGAGUCCAACGGAGAUUUCAGAAAGGGUGAUAUUUAUCGAGACGAUUGGGAAAAGGAGGCGCUCUCCGAUGACGAUGAGACGUCGACAGUGUUCGCUUCGAGCGCACACAGAUGGCCCAGCGGCCGCGUGGCCGAUACGAUCUUUACGAUUUUAAACGAUUCCUACGGCCGAUAUGGACGCGAGAAGCAUGGCCGUUACGAACUUUACGAUUUCAAACGAUUCCUGCACGAUAUGUCGUGGUCGUUCGUUACGUCACACAUCACCGACUGGGAAACUUGGAGAAGGUACAUCGUGUACCUCUAUUACAUGUGGAAGUUGAAGGUCGAAGGGGAAUCGGACGCGUCAUUUGAAGAUCCUGUAUCCGCCGAGGACACCGGGGAGCAAGAUAGCGCGAUCGAUGGAGAAAUAUCGUCAGGCAAACAUGUGACGGACGAGGACAACCACAUUCAUCUGAGGAAACAUGAGAAGCGGCUUCACGACGCGUGGGACUUUAUGAUAAAGAACGGCUUGACGAGGAAUAAAAUUAAAUCAAUCAAAGCUAAGAAGGAAAGAACGUCGAGAGAAGGAAAAGAAGGAGAAGGAGGGAAAGAAGCGAUGAGCAGCGAGGAUAAUGCAAGCGACAAGAGCGAGGAACACCAAACUCUCACGCGUGCAAAAAGUGCGGACUCCACGGCAGGGUCGCGCAGCGAUGAAGAAAUAACUGACAACGACAGUCAUCGUCCGCAGGACUCGCGGAAGUCGCUGUCAUUGAAAGAUUCCGCAGACGCAGACGCUGAGGCGAACGACGCUGACGACCCGCGCGGGAGAAGCGGAAACGUUGAUAUCGAUACAAAGUGGAGCGCAGGAGCGACGGAGUCUGGAAAUAAUCUCCGACGCGUAUCGACGUCUUCGACGUCUCGGUCGUAUGCGCGAUCGCGAGUGGACGAGCGUGCCGUUAGUAAGUCGGAAAAUAUCGGGAAAAUUGUGACGCAAACGUCGGGUGAGAGGAAUGAAUACCAGGUCGGAGCCGAUUCGUACGGCACAUCGGCGACGUCUUCCGGGUCGACUGGCGAAUCGCAGAUUGGAAGGAUGCACCGCUCGAAGGAGCAGUCGAGAAUCGAUCGGAUGAACGCGGAAACAUUAACAGAAGCGGCCGCGUCGAGCAGCGCGAUAAAUAAAUCUCGGUCCAACGUGCGAGACGCGACAGUCGACUCUGUGUCAUCCGCAAGAGCAACCUCUACGCAAGAUGGGCAGGAGUCAGUAUCGGAGAACGCGUCUUCAUCUUCUACUUCCUCUGCCGAGGCUGAAGUCAGCAAUUACUCGGCAAGCGCGGAGAACGUUCAGAUGAGCGUUACAAAUUCGAUCGCGACGUCAUCCGCGUCAUCCGCGAAAUCUGGGGCGAAAGCCGAGCAAACGAGGAACAAUUCUAGGAAUAUUCAAGCAAGCGCUGAUGCAAACACGUCAUCGACAGCGGUGCUCUCGAAUAAUUCACGAAAUGAAUGGUCGGUAUCAUCUUCGAUGUCAUCGGAAGAAUCUCGAGCGAAAUCAGAUUACCAUCUGACUAAUCGUAAAAAUAGCGCUAUUUCGAGAAUAUCGAAAGACCCAGCGUUAUCCGACACUGCAGAGAAGGAUCGUCGAUCUCACUUGCAAAGAUCGUUCUCUUCGUCCUCUUCCACAACGGAGGAAUCGCAAGCGAGAUCUCAGCAGAAUUCCAACAGCGUUCAAAAUAGCCGAAUGAAUGUCGCCACUGUGGAAUCAUCGAUGGCAUCGUCCUCGACUAGUGCCGAGAGCGAUUACUGGUCUGAUUCAGCCACAUUCUCGUCGUCCGAAUCAUUGGAAGAAUCGCAGCUACGCAGCUCGAGCGAUGCUAUUAUUAAACUACAAAGAAGUAACGCUGAAGAUCGGUCCGAAUCGAAAAGUGCGUCGUCUUUGAAAUCGCACUCAAAGAAUAAAUACAACUCGAGCGUUAGAGAAGGCGACGAGAAGAAUGCUGUUAACGUAGGCGCGUCGUCGGAAGCGACGAGCUCCGUUGGUGCAAACGAUGAUCGUCAACAAGAGUCGAUAAGUUCGUCGGCGUCGUCGUCCUCUGCCUUUGCAGAGUCGCGAAUGGAAAACAGAAAUACAAAGGGUUCGAUGUCGAGCAAGAUUUCCAGCAACGUUACCGACGACACGAGCCAACGUUGUUCAGCGACAUCACAAGCAACGGCAAGCAAGGACGACCGGAGGAUCCAAGAGGACCCGCAAACUAUUAGCCGCAAAUUUGCGACAGAUACCAAUGAUAACAAACGUGAACGCGAAGACAACGCAGCGGAAGAAACGCGGUUUGUUGACUCAGAAAAUAAGGGCGACGCGGAAGCGUCUACAAGCGAUGAAAUUAUUGAAAAAGAAGAGAGCACGGGAGAAAAUGCGUCAAACAUGGCGGCGUCGACGACGACGACGGUGACUUCCACCGGCACUGGGAGCGCGCAAAAUGCGACAACAACGUCCUCAUCGAUCGACUCGGAGGUGGAAGCGAGAACAUACAGCGAAAAUUUGAGCGAGCUGGAAAGGCGCGAAGCGGCGACCGGUAAUUCGGCGACGUCGAGGGGAUCGGGUGAAUCUGACGAUAACGAUAGGAGCAAAUUGCUGAGAACGUCGUCUGCGUCUAAAUUGCACGGUGCUCUGACAGGGGGAAGGGACGUUGCACAAAACAGUCGGAAGUCAAUGGCCGUGGCGAAAGCGUCAGCGGAGUCCACGGUUUCGAGCAACAAUGUACGAUCGCGGGGCGAAUCGGCGGAGCAGUCGGCGUUAUUUGAAUUCUCCGAGGAAGCGCGCCAGGGACAAAGGAGCUCCGACAUUCGUCGAGAAAAAUCCGAAAGUUCCGCGAGCGAGGCAACAUUUAAUGCCGUUAACAACAGAUGUCGGAGCGGCGCGCAGAAAGACGUAUCGUCCGCUGUUUCAUACAAAGAACUGCAGACGGACGGCAAGCUGAGACGAAGGAGCGGGGCAAGUACGGAGAAUUCCGUAGAGACUUUGGAAUCUGCGUCUCUCCUGCGGAAUAACGAAGAGGAAAAUGUCAAGCGAGCCUCGUCGUAUGAUUAUCGCGACGACGAGCGAGAAGAAAACGAGAUCAAUUCCGGAGACAGGGUGAAAUAUCCGAAGGAUGCGAGUAACGUUCACGAAGCGAUGUCAACAGGAUCGGCAAGCUCCGCUGUCUCCGAUAACGCGAGCCGAAACGAUCCGCUGAGAAUACCGUCGGAUAAUCCACGCGCGGAAUCGCUGCGGGAAAAUCAGGAUAAGUCGGAUAUUCAUCCGGCCGCUGACGGGACCGAAAUUACGUCCAGCGACGGUGGACAAGCACGCGGGGACACCCCGCGAAAGUUGGUAUUUCCAAGUAACUCCGGUGACGAGGCGCGAAUGACGCGCGGGGACGAUUAUGAUGCUACAAAGAAAUUAGCAACUGUCAACGGCGAUGAGAAGUUCGAAGAGGUCAAUUUGCGGGAAAUUAUGUCGCCUGGCGGGUCACGAGGGAGAGAUAAAAACGUCGAGCGCACGACGGAAAGUGUCCAGGAUGCGACUGAUGGAUCCACGUCAAUUCACACGGGCAGCGUCGAUAUUGAAGGCGACCCUCGAGAGGACUCAGCCGCUGGCGUUCAAGACGCGGCUCAACUAGGAUCAACGGCAUCGGCUGAUACGCGAGCUCGAUCGGAAUCGAAAGCUAAGUCGAGUAUCUCGAGGGAAAAGCAGCUGAUUACCACCGAAACUGGCGAAGCGCACGUUAUCAACGCACAAUGGCGCACGAAGCAACGAACAACAUCCGCGUCAUCGACGUCGUGGUCUUCGCACGCGGAGACGCAAAGUGAGGCGGAAAACACGUCGCGGACGGAAGCAUCGGCGGAACUGGCAACAAGCAGCGGCAGGAACGGAAAUUCAGCCGAGGGUGGCUCGAUCCGAGAAGAAUCUCUGCCGACUUCUCGGGGCUUCCGCAAUUACGACGAUCUGAAAGUGGACGAUCCAAAAGACGCCGCGAGGGCAAAGGCAUCAGCGGAAACAUCAAUUCCCGCCAGUUCUCCGACCGAAAGUCAGGAUGACGCGAAGAAGCAGGCAUCCGCAAUGUCGUCGCAGCUGAAGCGACACGACUCGAACGUUCAAGAGGCAGCCAAGGCGACCGCCUGGACUGCGCUGCUGUCGACGCACGAGACCGAGUCCGACGGAAUGCAAAAUGCACAAAAGCGGAAGUUGUCGGGAUUCGUAAGCGACGCCGUGGCGGAAGCUGCGGAAGUUACCGCGAGCGAGUCCCGAGAAGAAUCAGCGGGAGUCUCGUCGGAGUCUGAUUCGCGCGCGGAAUCUCUGAGCGAGGACGAGCGCGGUUCAAACGCGGCCUCACGGCGAGGCCUAGCAACCGCGAGCGCGGCAGCGUCGGUCGAUCCUGCUCGCGAAAUCAAGGACGUCCUGGAGGAGAAGCUCGCGAGUGCCGCGGAUGCGACUGCGUCGGCGAGAGAAACGAGCGUGAUUACGGACGAGUCAGGCCAAAGUGCCGUGACGACGACGACGACUACAUUGUUAUCCAAUUCACGCGCAGAGGCGCGGGCUUUCAGCGCCACGAAGGACAGCGUCCUGAGAAGGGAGGGUGUCGUUAACAGCGUGCGAGCCGCCGCGAAUACCGCGACAUCCGGCGAGACAAUGUCCUCGAGGAGCGUGCAGGACUCGUCGAAGACAAUCUCGCACGACGAGUCGCGAAUGGACAGCACGCGCACGUUGAAUGCAGCGGAGAGCAUUGAAGAGACCGUCAAGGCGAAAGCGGCGUCAUUAGUAUCAGCGGCCGCCGCUGGAUGGGGAGAACAUGUAGGUAACUUGAUGAGGGAACAAUCGAACGCGGAUCCUCGGAAUCGAGGGGUGACAACGACCGAGAAGAAAGACCCGCGUAACAGCGAGGUCGCCGAGGCGGCGGGACAAGCAACGAGCAGCGAAGUUAAAAACGAUCCUGAAGAGAAGAACGAGCGUGAAUCGAGACUUCCUCAAGAGCAGCGUUUAAUUACCGUGAAUUACCCAACGGCGUCAUCCUCCUCGGAGACUUUCAGUCACGCUGACAGUAUUCAGGAGAAUAAUGUUCAGGACACGGCAGAAGAAUUCCUCGCGACCUCGUCGAGUGAUUCUCGCGCAAAGUUCGACGUGCAGGGUGAAGGAGAUCGUGCGAGUGCGAGCGCAACAGCGCGGACAAUGACUUCCUAUGAAUUCGGGGACACGGAGGCGGAUAAAUCGCUCCAAAGGACAUCAUCAUCCGACGCGGACGCGCAAGCGACUGCUGAGACUACCAACGACCCGAGUGCUGUUGCAGAAGCGAGAAGAGAAGCGGCAGGAAAAGGCUCGGUCGCUGGAAAACACGCGGGUCUGUCCGACUUAUUGAGCGACGCAGCCGCGAGAAUGCGAACGAUUUCUCGCGAAGACGUAAUUAGACGGAGUCUUUCGCAAACGUGGUCGAGCGCGCUCUCCGAAGCGCGAGAAGUCGAGAGCGCGACCGCGAGAGUCCUGGCUGACUACGAAAGCCGCUCCGGGACUGGAAGCGGCGAUCAACGCGAUGAGCAAGGAGACGCAUCCUCAUCUGGUAUUCGGGACAGCCGACGCGACGUAAUGAAAUCGACGUCAUCAGCGAAUUCUUACGCAGCGGCGCGGACCACGAGCGAGGGUAUCGCUGAAGGAGUCGAAGGAGUUCGCCCGAGUGGCUGGCUGGUUACAACGUCAGACGCUGCCGCUUGUACGGAAGAAAGCGCACAAAAUAAGGAUAAGUUGAAUGCUUCGCGACAAAUUGGGGAAGUUGCUGUCUUCGCGGAGACGUCGGGGGGAGCGGCAGCCGCCGCUCGCAAUAUCGAAAGCGAGCAGCGUGAGGAAGCGGGCGGGUAUCAGGGUGGCUUAAAUGUCGCGACGAAAGUCCGCAAUACGUCGGCCGCUGCCUCGGCCGAGACAAUUACGUCGAUGAAGACGGAGAACGAGAGUGAGAGCGAGGCCGCUUGGAGUGACGAAGUAGCGGCGUCGUGGUCCGACGGAGCGGAAACGCGAAUAAAAAGCGACGUCUCGCGCGAUUCGGCAGCGCGGAGUUCAGCGACGUCCGCAACGUCAUCUGCAUCCGCGUCCACCUCGGACGUCCUGGCUACGAGUCUGAAGGCGAGAUACCGUCAGAUCGGUAAUGGAAUGUCGGCGAUCGUUCCGCCGUCGAAUGAGCUACACCUUUCCUCGGGAGGAGCCGCGCUGUACCCGUCGCGCGAAAUUAGUAAAUGCGAUGAGAAUGUCGAGACUAGAGAGUUCAUUAGCGAGGCGACCAGCUUGCAGCAGAUGCUGGAGAAGCAACGGGGCAGCGAAAUCCUGCUGAUGAAGAAGAAUCCCAGAGGACCUGUUCAAGUAGCGAGCCUCAAGAACAGCGUGCCGCCGCUUGUAGCGUAUCGACUAAUUCCACGGGAGGUGUACGAGAGAAUACGAGCGAUAAUCGCGAGCGAGCGAAUCUUUUGCGCCAGCUGCGCACUCUCGAGCGCUUAAAACGAGCAACACUGUAUAAUUAUAUCCUAUACGCACCAUGUCGUCGAUCGACAGAAACUAAUUUAACGGGAGAUUUUACGUAGAUAGAAGGACUUUCGCAGGCGUAGACUGUUUUGUGUUUCAACACGCCGUUGCGCGUAUCGUAAAUUGCGCGACUCGCCGCACCGAAGAGAAAUCGCCAUUACAAAUAUCGUAGACGCAACUCCGACACGCGGCGUGGCGCGUCGUCAUCGAUAUAUAUUUACCAUCAGCAAUCUAUUUAAUACGACUGUCAUCGUUUGUAUCGCAUUGUAAAUAAACAUCCACCGGAUAAAAUCUCGAGGAAAGCGCCGCCGCACCGCCUCUCUCCCCGCGCCCACCGCCCCACGCAGAUACGAAGUUUCUGCUUAAAGACAUAAUUCCAAUAUUCCGCUGAAGUUUUCUCCGGCUGGAUACUGCGAGAUUAAAGUUUAUGUCGGGGUAAAAAAAAGCAAGAGAAAGCGGUGGCGGCGAAGAAGAAGAAGAAGAAGAAGAAGAAGAAGAAAAAGAAGAAGAAGAAGAAGAAAAUCUAUAAGUUUCGAGACAUUCGCGAAAGCCGAGAGACUGCGCCGGGUAUUAUAGGCAGCCCGUGAACAUGUACUGUAUACACGGAAGGCCGACGAUGAAAUAGGAAGCAACCGCGCUUGUAAAAAGAUUUUCCUCCGCGGGCAGCCACGUAAACGCGUCGAGCGUUCAGCGCGGGAGAGCAAGGAUGACCUCGUUCGCCGAAGAAGACGUUCGUUUCCGCUCGGUACCCGCGAAGAACCGGAUGACCGGCGCUGCCGCCGCCGCCGCCGCCGCCGGCGGCGGGUAGAGAAGUGUGUGAACGGCGGCGUUAAAGCUGCAGAUACGACCUCUUUGAGGAAAAGUGGCCGCGCCGACGUGCACGUAGCUUAAAGAGGUCAUUUCGCCGAAGGCUCGGCUCCGCCGGCGUUGCCGAUGGAUGAAUCGGAAAGCGCGGCGGAUAGCGAUGCGGUUUACGAGACGCGCUUAACGUUUGACUUAGAGACUCGCGCCGUGUGAUUACUACGGGAGUUCUUUUACGACUCUCAAGCCCCGGCUGGUACAACUUCAUCGUCAUCGGCGGCGGCUUGGUCGGCGGAAGCGGAGGCGCGGAGAGCGUUACGUUCCUCCUCACGGCCUCCCCACGGCGGAAACGUUUAAUCGCGGGAUGACAUUUCGCAGACGAUAACCGCCGGGGCUAUUCCGCUUUACGUUCGCGUAAGAUCGCCGAUAACGUCGGCGAGUCUGUCGCGAUACCGGCGGCUCUUUGAAAAAGGCUCACUCUCUUCGCGCGACGUUCACGGGACGCUGGAAUAAAGCGGCGGAAUGCGCGAUAUUAGGAAGCCUCUUAUCCGAAGGACGCAUGACCUGAUUUCCCACGCGACGCGCUGGCCGACAAGAACGACACGGUUUUUCCCGACCGGAAAGGGGGCAGGGGGGGGGCCGGGGUAGCUGUUCGCUCGAUGACUUCCGAAACAUCGCAUCCGGCAAUCUCGCGCGAGAA